UUUUUAUAGAAGGUUUCGUACUGUUUCAAAAUGCUGAACAAAAAUCUCAUACGGAUGUAGUCUGCUACUUUCACACCUUGCGUGCAAUAGCUCCGCUGACAAAAAUUUUCAGUUUGCAGAGGGGGUGCUAUUCAAAUAGCUAACGGGGUAGAUUGUGGGGGUUUUGGCCAUUUCUUAUCAUUACUCUACUUUUCAGAUAACUAACAUUGUAUGACAAUAAAAUCUUCUUGCUUCAUUACGUUCAUUUUUCGUCUCUGCAAGAUCAAGACAAGAAGCCGUCUCCUCGGUCUGCCACUAGCAACUUAGGACGACUACUAUUCAUUUUGUUCUUCAUUGACUCAACACCUGAUAACUGCUUGGAGAGAGUAAUGAGGAAAUUAUCAAUGUACUUAUUGAAAUCUAAUCAUUCAAACUUCAUCCCAAGAUUGUUUAGUACAUAUUAGUACCUAAGUGCUACGAAAGGAAUGAAUUUGUCGGGGAAUGUCUUCAACUCACGGAACGGACAUCAAGCAAAACAGUGACAGCUCUCAAUGCAUUACAACUGAUGAAAGAACAACUCCACAAAAUAAUUCAUACUUCGGUGUACUAAUGCACUUACUGAAGUCUAUUAUUGGCACCGGAGUUCUUACCUUGCCGCACGCAUUUAAAGAGAGCGGUUUUGUUUUUGGAAUAUUUGGUACCGUGUUUGUAAUAUUUCUAUGUACAUACGCAGCUUAUAUACUAGUAUACCACUCUCAGGAGAUACGCAAAAAAUCAAAGACAAAGCUGCUGGGGUUUUCUGAUACUUGCGCAUUGAUUUGCCAGCAUGGGCCAGAGGCAGUGCAAAGUUUUUCGAUGGUGUUCAAGUAUGGAGUUGAUGCAGUUAUCUGUAUAGGAAGCCUUCUAACCAACUGCGCGUUUUUGAUUUUUAUUGCCCAAUCAUUCCAUCAAGUUUUCUCUUAUUGGUUUCCGCAUUUCAUCCUCAGCGUUGAACAGUACAUCAUAAUUAUUUCGGUGCUACUCCUCAUUAUAUGCCAAAUACGCGAAUUAAAGCAUCUGGUACCGUUUUCCAUAUUCGCCAACAUAUGCCUUUUCGUCGGUCUCCUCUUACCACUAGUCCAUAUGUUCAGUGAGCUGCAUAGUCCUGCAGAUUUCCCAGCCUUCACUUCCGUUACAAAGCUGCCUUUAUUUUUCGGAACGGUAUUUUUCGCGGCGGAUGCCAUGAUAUUGUAUCUUCCCAUAGAAAACACAAUGAAGAACCCUGCGAAAUUUUUAGGCGCGACUGGUGCCUUAAAUGUUUCUAUGGUAAUUGUUGGGAUACUGUACACUCUGUUUGGGCUAUUUGGGUUUUUAAGAUAUGGUGAGGAUACUAAGCCAAGCAUAACGUUAAAUUUGCCAAUAGAAGAAAUCCCAUCGCAAAUUGUUCAGCUAAUGUUACCGAUAAGUAUUAUGCUUACUUAUGUUCUAGUCACCUACGUGAUGAUAGAGAUUAUUUGGAAUAAUUAUCUGCAGUACAAAGUACGCGGAAGCAUUAAGAGAAAUUUGGCUCAAAUUGUUACCAGAUGUUCGCUAGUGAUACUAACCGGCGCAGUUUCGAUAGCUGUUCCGAAAUUGGAAUUAGUCAUUAGCUUAGUUGGAUCCGUCGGAUCUUCCACUUUAAUACUCUUAGUUCCAGUUACAUUAGACACAAUUGUACGAUGGGACAACGAUUUAGGAUACUUCAAGUGGAGACUUUUCAAAAAUAUUCUUAUAGGAAUAUUUUAUGUGUUCAUUUUAGUGUCGAGUAUAUUGAUAUGCUUCCAGUGACACAAAAUGUGUUAUUUAAAUAAAUUUUCUAUUACUUGUUUAA